CCUCAGGUUUAGGUACAGGUAGGUACCUAAGGUACCCAGGUAGAGGUAGGGGGCGUACGAAAAGGAAUUAAAGCCACGCGGCCUGUUUGAGCCGCAACGUUUCCUCCUUCCGGCAACCUCCAAAAAUUGCCUUGUUUCUCCAAGCUAUGGCUGCGUCUACCCAACGGCUCCUCCCAACAUGGCAGAAAAGACGACUAGGGAGGCUACCAGCAAGACGAUCUUCUUCUUCCACCCAGACCUCGGAAUAGGCGGCGCAGAACGACUCGUCAUCGAUGCCGCCGUCGGUCUGCAGAACCGCGGGCACAAGGUCGUCUUGUUCACCAGCCACUGCGACCGGAAGCACUGCUUCGACGAGGCCCGAGAUGGCACUCUUGACGUCCGCGUGGGCGGCAACACCAUCAUCCCGCCGUCGAUCCUCUCGCGCUUCAGCAUCCUGUGCUCCAUCCUCCGCCAGCUGCACCUGAUCCUGCAAGUGCACCUCUCGCCCGAGCUGCGGGCGCUGCAGCCCGACGCCUACUUCGUCGACCAGCUGAGCGCGGGGCUGCCGCUGCUGCAGCUCCUCCGCCCGCGCGGCCGCGUCCUCUUCUACUGCCACUUCCCGGACCUGCUGCUGGUCCAGGGCCGCGGCCGGUGGUGGAAGCGCGCCUACCGCCUGCCCUUCGACUGGCUCGAGCAGUGGAGCAUGGGCUUCGCCGACGCCGUCGCCGUCAACUCCGAGUUCACCAAGCGCGUCGUCCGCCGCACCUGGCCCGGCCUCGCCCGCCGCAAGGACCUCCAGGUCGUGUACCCUUGCGUCGGCGCCGCCGCAGCCGCGGAUAAGGCGCAGGGAGACGGCGUCGAGGGCCCCGGGGACAGCGAGCCGCUGUGGGGGGGCAAGAAGUUCCUGCUGAGCAUCAACCGCUUCGAGCGCAAGAAGGACGUCGGCCUCGCCAUCCGGGCCUUCGCCGGGCUCGGCGCCGACGCGCGGCGCGGCGUCCGCCUCGUGCUGGCGGGGGGCUACGACCCGCGCGUGGCCGAGAACGUGGCGUACCACCGGGAGCUGGCGCGGCUGGCCGAGGCGCUCGGGCUGCGCGCCAUGACGGCGCAGACGCACCCGACGGCGCUCGAGGUGCCCGACGACGUCGAGGUGCUGUUCCUGCUGUCGGUGCCGCACCGGCUCAAGGCGGCGCUGCUCGCCAGCGCCCGCCUGCUCGUCUACACGCCGGCCGGCGAGCACUUCGGCAUCGUCCCCGUCGAGGCCAUGCUCGCCGGCCUGCCCGUCCUCGCCGCCGCCGACGAGGGCGGCCCCACCGAGACCGUCGUCGACGGCCUCACCGGCUGGCUGCGCCCCGCCGCCGACCCCCCCGCCUGGUCCGCCGUCAUGCACCACGUCCUCCACACCGCCGACCCCGCCGAGCUCGCCGCCCUCUCCCGCGCCGGCGCCGCCCGCGCCCGCGACCGCUUCGGCGCCCACCAGAUGGCCCGCCGCCUCGACGACGUCCUCGACGGCAUGCUGCGCGCCCCCGCCCGCACCUGGUCCUGGACCCCGACUGCUGCUGCUGGUGCUGCCGCUCUCGCCGUGCUAGCCGCGGUUGCAGCGGUCGUCAGCAGGGCCCUGCUGCUGCUCGCUUACUCCCCCCGGCCGUGAGUUCGGAGGGGGCGCCAGCGGAGGGAAGAGGGGAACUGGGCGCGCCGCAAUGUACCUGAUAUGUGCUUCGCAUCACGCGACACGGUUCCGUUGGCUCGUCGUAGAUUUCCAUAGCUGAGAAUUAGGUAAUUCGUUCGAUACCCCCUAAUUGAGUGUUCUAUAUGCAAGGUCUAGACUGGCGUCGUCUCGACUUCGCCUAUGCUAUAAUACAGUAUAUACGCCCAUCUAGAGUCCUUACCCCCCUUCCCGUUUUUCCUCGUGACGUUUGACCAAUUUGAUUCGCGUAGAUUCUCUGGGCCUAGACCGCGCUUUCAACGAUGUCCCGCGGCCUUUCUCGUAGUCAAAAACAAAACAGAGACAGGAUUGGUCCUUUGCGGCAGAGGCGUGAUGGAUAUUCCCAUAACCAAGGCUCGUCGUGCGGUUCAUCGUCGGCAGAUACUUAACGCAGAGAUGUGUGCAGCGC